AUUUCCCGGCUUUGUAAAGCGGCGGAGACCUCAGCGCGUGAGCUAGUGCGUCACGAAGACCCCGAGCAGCCCAGUACCGCGUUUACACCGAUCUACUGGAUUUCUAACCAAACCAACACACACCAGCACACACCAACACACACCAGCACACACCAGCCAAACACACGCCUGUGUAAAUGAUGCGUACUUCUCCGUGACAGCGUUUUUAUAUGACAGAUUUAUUUUUACUCAAGUUUUUGGAGUUCUACAGAACUUGGACUGAACUUUUACCAAAGAGGUCGGAAGCAUGAAAUCAGCAGAUGAAGACAGAGCAAAGAACACUAAAUGCAACAUGGGACUUUUAGGGCCCGUGUGAAAUUCAGAUUUCGGAUUCCUCAUUUAAAUACGAUAAGUAUAUUUAUACAUAUAUAGAAUAAGUUUAUUAGUGUAGUCUAUAAUUUAAAGUUCGUUUCACUUUUGUUUAUUUGAUCAUAUUAUUAUUAUUAUUAUUAUUAUUAUUAUUAUUAUUUUAUGGUUUAAAUAAAAUCAACCAAACUUUUUGCUUUUCUGCUGUCAGAAUCAUAUACCAUACCCUUAAUUAAACUAAGAGACCCCCUUGUUUCGAAUGACUGACUGAGUGAAUAGAUUGGUUCUUCCAUCUGUUUUUGUGUUUGAUGAGGUAUGUGAAAUACACAGUUAUUUUUGGCUGGGUAUUUCUGGUUUUAGUCAUCACACUUCCUUUCAGCAAGGAUACUAUUUAUUUUAAACCAGCAUCCACUGUUCUUCAAUUAAAUUUUUAUUUUUUUAUAAACCAGUUCAUGGUCUAUUUACCUGCCAUAAUAGUGAAUUACUAUACAUUUCCUCUUUGCAGAUGCAUACAGCUACACACCCAACAUCAGCCUUUCCCUUCCACUGAGUAGCCCUUGCAUUCCCACCCAGUACCACAACCUUCAGACCAGUCCCUCCAUUUCAGUUUCAAUCAGCCAGCCUUCAUCAUUCUCCCCCAGUGAAGACAUGGGCUCGAUGGGAUACUAUCAGUCAUCUGGCCCCAAUGGAGCCCCUGCUCUGGAAAGUCCUCGCAUUGAGAUCACAGCUUACAGUCAGUUCCCUGAAGACGAGGUGGAAGAGAACAAUGCACCUGUAUCUAAGCGUGUUAACUCUGUUGUGACUUUAACAUUGCCUAGUGGUGAAGGCUACCGUGACCCAAGCUGCCUGAGCCCAGCGAGCAGUGUUUCAUCACGUAGCUGUCACUCAGAGGCUUCGUCAUAUGAGUCAGGCUACUCAUGCAAUUAUGAUAACUCACCACAGAACUCCCCCUGGCAGUCACCAUGUGUCUCCCCCAAAGGUUCCUCUUCAUUGCUGUCUGGAACCCUGGGCACCACACCUCACCAAUCACCUACAGGGUCGCCUCGCACAAGUGUGACUGAUGAAAGCUGGACUGCACCUCGUGGCUCCCGCUCCAACUCCCCUUGUGGUGGGAAACGGAAGUACAGCUUUAGUGGCAACGCCUCUCAGAAGUACCAUCCUUAUUCACCUAACCAGUCACCAGGACUGUCUCCACAAACCUCACCUCGCCUCAGCAUGACUGAAGAUACAUGGCUGCCGAAUACAAACCAGUACACCAAUUCUGCCAUUGUGGCAGCCAUUAAUGCCCUCAGCACUGAUGGAAUUACUGAUAUUGGAGAGGGGAUUCCACUCAAGGCCAGGAGAACCAGCAUGGAGCAUAGUGCUUCUGUCAGCCUCAAGACUGAGCCUGGAAGCGAAGAGAUGAAUGCAAAGCUGUGUCAAGAGGACUACUCCACCUCACGCCUGGCAUUUAAAAAAGAGGGCUACACUAGCUUUCUGGAUGUACCACAUCAUCCAUAUUGGUCUAAACCAAAGCCCUAUAUCAGCCCAACCUUGCCAGCUCUUGACUGGCAGCUGCCCUCCAGUUCUGGGCCAUACAGCUUACAGAUUGAGGUUCAACCUAAAUCUCACCAUCGUGCUCACUAUGAAACAGAAGGAAGCAGAGGGGCUGUAAAGGCUCUUGCCGGAGGACAUCCAGUUGUUCAGCUUCACGGCUACAUGGAGAGCGAGCCUCUGACUCUGCAGCUGUUCAUCGGGACGGCAGACGACCGUCUCCUGCGGCCGCACGCUUUUUACCAGGUCCACCGCAUCACAGGCAAGACCGUGUCCACACCCAGCCACGAGAUCAUGCAGGCCAACACCAAAGUGCUGGAGAUUCCACUCCUGCCUGAGAGCAACAUGAGGGCCAUAAUUGACUGUGCUGGGAUUCUGAAACUGCGGAACUCAGACAUCGAGCUGCGGAAAGGCGAGACAGAUAUCGGAAGGAAGAACACACGUGUCAGGAUGGUGUUCCGAGUCCAUAUUAACCAGCCUAAUGGCAGGACCGUGUCCCUGCAGACCGCAUCCAACCCCAUUGAAUGCUCCCAGCGUUCCGCACAGGAGCUGCCUCUCGUGGACAGGCAAAGUGUGGACAGCUGUCCUGCUACAGGAGGAGAGCGCAUGCUAAUCAGUGGCCAUAACUUUCAACCCGACUCCAAAGUGGUGUUUGUUGAGAAAGGACAGGAUGGUCAUCACAUAUGGGAGAUGGAAGCCAAAGUUGAAAAGGACUCCUUUAAAUCUACAGCUUUGCUUGUGGAGAUUCCAACUUACCGAAACCAAAGAAUAUCCAGCCCUGUUCUGGUCAACUUCUACAUAUGCAACGGGAAACGGAAGAGAAGCCAAUACCAAAGAUUCAACUACCUUCCAUGUAAUGUUCCCACCAUAAAGACAGAGCCACAUGAUGACUAUGAGCUCCCUCGCCUGUGUGCACAGCAGCACUCCCCCGGCAUCACCAAGCCAUAUUAUGCUCUGCAAGCUGUGCCUUCUAUGAUGCCUUCAGAUAACAGAGCCUGUGUGACAGCCGCUUACGGCUCUCAGAGACUUACAGCAAAGCCUUUGUCCCUGUCCUGCUCCUCCUCUCCUAGCACCAGUCCUAAACUGCAGGAUCUCUCACCCACACACUUCUCUCCUCAGUGCCUAUCUCCAGGCUUGAACCCUGGGAUUCAGCCAAGUGCCAUCCCUCAUGUCUCAGCCAUCCAGCCCACCCCUGGCCGUUACCAGCAGUCUGUUCUCUACCCAUCAGGCAGUGCGUCCUCCUCUCCAGGCUCUCAUCCCUCUACCCCAGGUUCAGCACCUGAGCUCAUCUUCAGUCCCAGUCACAGUUUGACCCAGUCUCCAGUCACAAGUGAGAACACAGAGCUGCCUAAGGUUCCAGUAAGAAGUGGGCCAUCUCCUCUCUUACAGGAGGAAGGAGCACCUGCCACACAGGCCAUCAGCAUCAAACAGGAGCCACAAGAACUGGAUCAAGUGUAUCUAGAUGAUGUCAAUGAGAUCAUACGAAAUGACCUGUCCAGCAUCUCUGUCCAUACCCACGCAUAGCGACGACAAGACGUGACUCGCACAGGAGCAGCGGACCUUUUAAACAUGUUCAUCCCAGAAAUGUGCCAGCGUUUAUUCUGCUUGCAAUAAAACAAUGUGUGUGAACUGAUGGACCAAGUCCCUGUGUAUGGUGCCCCCCAUAACAUAAGCCCCUGUGUAUGCCCCCCUCCCACACACACACACACACACACACACACACACACACACACAUACACAUACAUUUUCUAAUGUGCACUCGUGUAGCUUUUUAAAUUAUCACCCAAGUGCAAUUUGUUUCACAUUAAUAUUUUAAUGUCAACAUGUUUAUAAUAAUGCAUAUGUGUCAAUAAACCUUUAAAUCAACAACCUUGGUAAAGGUGAACCUUGUACUUAGACAAACGUAAGAUAAUCAAUCAUGUCUGAAUAUUCAAUUCCUUCAAUUCCUUCGCUUACUUUGGAAUUCUGUCCAGCUGUAAUGAAACAUAUAACUGGAAUAGCUUUUUUAUAUAUAUACAUUGCAUAUUUAUUGUCUAAACCUGAGCUGGAAUGAGUUUUAUACAUGCAGCCUGUAUUAUGGCAGGUUCAAAUUAUAAAUGGAACGAGCAACAUUUCAGUCAUUUUUCAAAACCAAAGAAUUUUUUGUUGUUUAAAUUCAGGUUAGAUCUGUUUUCUGAGCUGCCUCUGCACUACCUGUAUAUCUCUGUGCCUCUGUGAACAUUGUAUGCCUAUGUCCCCGACAUGACCACAGAUUUCUCUCACUGCCUAGUUGCAUGUUGUCAAUUGUUGCUGAAAAAUGUUAUAAUCAUUAUAUUUGUAUCUAGCCCAUGACAGGAAAAUGUUUUUUUUGCCACAUGUUUUUUUUUUGAUAGUAUUGAUGCCAAUGUUUUGUAGAUUAUUAGCUAAUGUAUGCACUUUACUUUGUACUUCUCCUUAAUGACAUUUUGAGGAAAAAUCACAACAUAAGAAUUGUUUUUUGUUUUGUUUUCCAGGGGAAUCUUGAACACACCUGGAUACUAGUUUCUUUUUCUUGCCAGCAUUUUGUAUCCCAAUUAAAAUGAUUAGUAUUUGCAUUAGCAAUAGCAAAAUAUGCACAAAUAAAUACCUUAUAAAGACCUUA